AGUAUUGGUGUUCGGAAAAGCCCAGCCAACUAUCGGCUUCAUGGCCACGGAAGCCGCCGCCGCCACAGCCGCCACCGCGGGACCCGGCGCCCGGUUGCCUUCGCCGCCGACCCAGCGGGAUUUCUACUGGCUGCGCUCCUUGGUGGCCGGAGGGAUGCACAGGCAGUUCAAAAACCUCAUUACAAAAAUGAGGGCAGGCGUGAAAUCUUAGAAACCAUUCCAGCUCCUGUAAUUGCUUCCUGUCUAGAUCAGCAAAAAUACAGAUGAUUCAUCUUUGUACAUUUUUUUCAAAAGAAAGUGUUGCUGGAUGUUGUGCCAAGUCAACCAUUGCACCAUUAGAUCGAGUAAAGAUUUUGUUGCAAGCUCACAAUCAUCAUUAUAAACAUCUAGGUGUGAUUUCUACACUUUGCGCUGUACCGAAGAAAGAAGGUUUCUUAGGAUACUAUAAAGGAAAUGGAGCAAUGAUGAUUCGAAUCUUUCCAUACGGUGCAAUUCAGUUUACAGCAUUUGGUCAGUAUAAAAAGGUGAUAAAGAACAGGCUUGGCAUUUCUAGUCAUAUUCACCGGUUAAUGGCUGGAUCCUUAGCAGGUAUAACAGCAGUGAUAUGUACGUACCCCCUUGAUAUGGUGAGAGCACGGCUGGCAUUCCAAGUUAAGGGGGAUCAGACGUACAGGGGAAUUAUUCAUGCAUUCAAGACCAUUUACACCAAGGAAGGUGGUAUGCAAGGAUUUUAUCGUGGACUUAUGCCAACAAUAGUCGGAAUGGCUCCAUAUGCGGGUUUCUCAUUUUUUACCUUUGGUACCUUAAAGAGUGUGGGACUUGCUCAAGCGCCUACCCUGCUCGGGAGGCCUUGCUUAGAUAACCCGGAUGUCUUAGUUUUGAAAACACAUGUAAAUUUGCUGUGUGGUGGCAUAGCUGGAGCCAUAGCACAAACAAUAUCAUACCCUCUAGAUGUCACUCGUAGACGAAUGCAGUUGGGAGCCGUACUUCCCGAUUCUGAAAAAUGUUGUACAAUGAUCCAAACAUUGAAGUAUGUUUAUGGAAACCAUGGAGUACGAAGGGGAUUAUAUCGUGGAUUAUCAUUGAAUUACAUCCGUUGUAUUCCUUCUCAAGCUGUUGCCUUCACCACUUAUGAAUUUAUGAGGCAGUUUUUACACCUCAAUUAAAGACUGAUUUUUUUUCCAGUUUAUAAUGUAUUGAACAGUAAGUUUUAGAAUAUAUUUGAGAAAUCACUAGUAUUUAAAGUGCUUUCUUUAAUAUAUGAAAGAAAACACAGUAAACAAUUGAAGGAGCUCAACAAAACUUGACAAAGUUUACUAUGUAUGUAUUUUGCAAGAAUGGUAUACGGUUUACUUAACUGAAAUUCUAUGUGGUUCCAAAAUAUUGUAUGUUUGUGUCCAACUUUAAGAAUUUGAUCACUUUUUUAAAUUUAGGAAAUUUUGUUUCAGAUGUCCGUAUGCUUUAGCUAAAAUAUAAGUUGUAGGCACACUUCAAAUUACAUUCCAUGUAAUUGAAUUGAAAAUGCUUAUUUGCUAAUGUGUUAAGGAUGAUGAAUCAUUUAAUGCUGUAGAAACUCAAUUCAGAGCCUGCUUUUGAGAGCCCGUUAGUGAAUUAGUGUAUUGGGUAACAUUACUUUCAGGUUUUUGUAAUAAUUAGAAAAUGGCUCAUACUUUAUUUAUGAUACACUGUUCCUUAACUAGAAUCAAAAGUUGUGCUUAGGUUCUUAUAUAAUUUAGUUUAGCCCUGUUAACUAUUGGAUGUUUUUCCUCUGAAUCAUGCUGUAUUAUAAAUAUUGUAGCUUUUGAACUUCUCUCAAAGUUGUAGUAGAUGGGUGAUUGGGUGGGUUUAUAACACAAACACGCAAACUUUCAAACAUAUUCUGAAAUUAAGUGCAAUCCUUUUGAUACAAUCUGAUAAUGCUCUCAAUCCAUUUUUAGUUUGUCCCUGCAUUUGAAAAAAAAACAGCACAAAAAGAAUUAAAUGAUCCUUGGGUAUUAGGACUUGAGGUUUUCAAUAACAUUAAAAUGAAUAUUGUACAGGUCUUCUCAGCCUAAAGUAUUUAACCUUCCAUAUUUUAUAAAUGACGUUAUUAAGAAACUCAUUUUAAAAGGAAAAUUGUUUGAUUUAACGAAGCUGCUGUUUGGAUUUCAUUACAGAGUUCAAUUGAAAUUUUAAAAUAAAGAUAAGGAGAAGGCACGGCUCCCUGCGCUGUGAGCAUGUGGGAUACUGCUGAAAGUUUUUGCAACUUUAUAGCAUUAGGUAAAAUAUUUAUAUAAAUAAAUUAGGGUAUAUGUCUUUUGAGGUCUUUAGUUUGGCCAGAUAAAAUAGUGUAUGUGAAUUGCACAUGGAUUAAGAUGCACAUCCAGCUACAAGAGAGAAGACAA